CGCGCGCAGGCGCUCAGCACGAUAAAAGCCGCGGCCCUUCCUUUUCCCCACCUCCCGCGCCAAGAUGGCGGAGUACGACCUGACCACCCGCAUCGCGCACUUCUUGGACCGGCACCUCGUCUUCCCGCUGCUCGAGUUCCUCUCCGUCAAGGAGAUAUACAAUGAAAAAGAGCUACUUCAAGGAAAGUUGGAUCUCCUUAGUGAUACCAACAUGGUGGAUUUUGCUAUGGAUGUGUACAAAAACCUUUACUCCGAUGAAAUUCCACACGAUUCUUCUGAAGUUGGAGAUAAUUGCUCCUUAUUGGAGUACUUCCUGUCAGCUCUGCGUGAGAAGAGAACAACUGUUGUUGCACAGCUGAAACAACUUCAAGCUGAAACUGAACCUAUUGUCAAGAUGUUCGAGGAUCCAGAAACUACGAGGCAAAUGCAGUCUACUAGGGACGGUCGAAUGCUGUUUGACUACUUAGCUGAGAAGCAUGGUUUUAGGCAGGAGUACCUAGAUACACUCUACAGGUAUGCAAAAUUCCAGUAUGAAUGUGGCAAUUACUCUGGAGCUGCAGAAUACCUGUACUUCUUUAGGGUUCUGGUUCCAGCUACAGAUAGAAAUGCUCUGAGUUCUCUGUGGGGAAAGCUUGCAUCUGAAAUUCUGAUGCAGAAUUGGGAUGCAGCUAUGGAAGAUCUCACAAGACUGAAGGAGACAAUAGAUAAUAACUCAGUAAGCUCUCCGCUGCAGUCUCUUCAGCAAAGAACGUGGCUCAUCCACUGGUCUCUCUUCGUGUUUUUUAAUCAUCCUAAAGGGAGAGACAAUAUCAUCGAUCUCUUUCUCUAUCAACCACAGUAUCUCAAUGCAAUUCAGACAAUGUGCCCACAUAUCCUCCGAUACCUCACUACUGCAGUCAUAACAAAUAAGGAUGUUCGAAAACGUAGACAAGUGCUGAAAGAUCUAGUCAAGGUCAUUCAACAGGAGUCCUACACAUACAGGGACCCCAUCACAGAAUUUGUGGAAUGCCUGUAUGUUAAUUUUGAUUUUGAUGGUGCACAGAAGAAGCUGAGAGAGUGUGAAACAGUGCUUGUGAAUGAUUUUUUCUUAGUGGCAUGCCUUGAAGAUUUCAUUGAGAAUGCCCGUCUCUUUAUAUUUGAGACCUUCUGUCGCAUCCAUCAAUGUAUCAGCAUUGGUAUGUUGGCAGAUAAACUAAACAUGACUCCUGAGGAAGCAGAAAGAUGGAUUGUCAAUCUAAUCCGAAAUGCACGAUUAGAUGCCAAGUUGGAUUCAAAGCUGGGCCAUGUAGUUAUGGGCAACAAUGCAGUGUCACCUUAUCAACAAGUGAUUGAAAAAACCAAAAGCCUGUCUUUUCGUAGUCAAAUGUUGGCUAUGAACAUUGAGAAGAAAUUGAAUCAGAGUGGUAGAUCUGAGGCACCUAACUGGGCUACUCAAGACUCUGGCUUCUACUGAGAAUUCUGCAGAGGGGAAGAAAUCAGUUUUCAUUUGACUAAAAAGCAUAUGAUAAAUAUGAAAUAUGUAACCUUUCUGAGAAAAGCUAAUUGUGUGUUCUCUUAAGAAUUAUUUGAAUAAAAUUGGCUACUUUUAACA